GUGCAUUGCUAUCAAAACAAACGGAGCCAAUGUAAAUACACGUCACGCACGCAGUGGACGAAAAACUAUCCAAAAAGCCGGUCUGACCACAAAUCCGUAACCAUUUUGUAACAUAUUCUAACAAUUUUGAGACACUUUUAUACGCUUAACACAAGAAGUAAGAUAACAUUUCAAACGCCACUGGCCAGAAGUGAUUGCAGUACGAUAAAAUAGAGCAUUAGCAAUGGAGGGUGAAACGACGGUGACGAAUCGCGCCAGCGAUAGGAAAGUGGCACUGAUAACAGGCAUUACGGGUCAAGAUGGAUCAUAUUUGGCUGAGUUUCUGCUGGAUAAGGGGUAUGAAGUGCAUGGAAUAAUCCGCCGGGCCAGUACAUUCAACACUUCCCGCAUCGAGCAUCUGUAUGCGGAUCCACGCACACAUCGCGAGGGAAAGAUGAAGCUCCACUACGGUGAUAUGACCGACAGUAGCGCGCUGGUGAAAAUUAUUGCCCAGGUGCGGCCGACCGAAAUUUACAACCUAGCCGCCCAAAGUCAUGUGAAAAUUUCGUUCGAUUUGAGCGAAUACACGGCCGAGGUGGAUGCGGUCGGUACGCUCCGGCUGCUCGAUGCGAUCCGUACCGUGGGGCAGGAAAAGACGGUCCGCUUCUACCAAGCGUCCACGUCGGAACUGUACGGCAAGGUGGCCGAAACGCCGCAGAACGAAAAGACACCGUUCUACCCACGCUCACCGUACGCCUGUGCAAAGAUGUACGGUUACUGGAUUGUGAUAAACUAUCGCGAAGCGUACAACAUGUUCGCCUGCAACGGGAUCCUUUUCAACCACGAAUCACCGCGCCGGGGAGAAAACUUCGUCACACGCAAGAUCACUCGGUCGGUUGCGAAGAUUUCGCUCGGACAGCAAGAGUACCUGGAGCUGGGUAAUCUGGACUCGAAGCGUGACUGGGGCCACGCCAAAGACUACGUGGAAGCGAUGUGGCUGAUGAUGCAGCAGGAACGGCCGGAAGAUUUUGUCAUUGCUACCGGGGAAACGCACUCGGUGCGAGAGUUUGUCGAAAAGGCGUUCCAGUACAUUGGGCGCGAAAUCGAGUGGCGAGGGACGGGUGUGGAUGAGGUUGGGGUGGAGAAGGGUACCGACACGGUACGGGUGCGCAUAAACGCCAAGUUUUUCCGCCCGACCGAGGUGGAUCUGCUGUUGGGCGAUGCGUCCAAAGCGAAGGCACAGCUGGGCUGGUCGCCGAAGGUAACAUUCCUGGAGCUGAUCGCCGACAUGAUGGCGGCGGAUAUACAGCUGAUGAAGAACAACCCAUCCGCGUAAAGGGGAGAGGGUCCAUUUUCGCUAACUGUAUCGAAUGGGCGGAUCAGUAUUUGUCCGUUAGGAACACGGAUUUAAGCUAUUUGAAAGGGAAGCGGUUGGAGCAUUUUACGUUCUUGAUUACCAUAUGCUUGCGCACUUUUUGGUAAUAUUUUAAUUUAAAGAAAAGCGUACUGUCGCUGGGAUAUUAGCCAAAUUUGAACAAACAGGAUCGGGUAUUGGAAUGAAACGAAGCUUGAACAAAUGCGCAUAAUUCCAUGGCAAUAUUUAAGCAAAAACAAAUAUCGUUUUAAAAUAUCUAAAAUUUAAACUUAAAUAAAACAUACCCUUUUUCCGUUGGGAAUCGGAAUGCGGUAGUUGAACAGUUUGAUAUCGACA